AGGACGCUCCGCCCGGGCUCGGCUCGGCUCGGCUCGGCUCGGCUCUGCUCGGCUUACAGGUUCUGUUUCAGCAUAAAAGUGAGAUCCACGAGACUCCUCCAAGAUGUCCUACAGAAAGGAGCUAGAAAAGUACCGAGACCUGGAUGAAGACAAGAUCCUUGGAGCUCUGACAGAGGAGGAGCUCAGGAAGUUAGAGAAUGAACUGGAAGAGCUGGAUCCUGAUAACGCCUUGCUGCCGGCAGGGUUGCGGCAGCGGGAUCAGACGCAAAAGCCACCAACUGGCCCCUUCAAAAGGGAGGAACUCAUGGCCCACCUAGAAAAGCAAGCAAAGGACAUUAAAGACAGAGAAGACUUGGUUCCUUUCACGGGUGAAAAGAGAGGAAAAGCUUGGAUCCCCAAGCAGAAGCCAAUGGAUCCUGUUUUGGAAAGUGUGACUCUGGAGCCGGAACUGGAGGAAGCCCUUGCUAAUGCCUCUGAUGCAGAGCUCUGUGACAUUGCUGCCAUCCUUGGCAUGCACACCUUGAUGAGUAACCAGCAGUACUAUGAGGCACUGGGGAGCAGCACCAUCGUGAACAAAGAGGGGCUCAACAGUGUGAUUAAGCCCACACAGUACAAACCAGUUCCUGAUGAGGAACCAAACUCAACAGACGUGGAGGAAACUCUGAAACGAAUACAAAGCAAUGACCCUGAUCUUGAGGAAGUCAACCUUAACAAUAUUAUGAAUAUUCCCAUCCCGACUUUAAAGGCUUUUGCGGAAGCGCUCAAGAACAACACGUAUGUGAAGAAGUUCAGUAUAGUUGGGACACGGAGCAACGAUCCUGUUGCUUUUGCCCUGGCAGAAAUGCUGAAGGUCAACAACACGCUGAAGAGCCUGAACGUGGAAUCAAACUUCAUCUCUGGGUCAGGGAUCCUUGCUAUUGUUGAGGUGCUCCAGGGCAACACAUCGCUGGUAGAGCUGCGCAUCGACAACCAGAGCCAGCCCUUGGGCAACAAAGUAGAAAUGGAAAUCGCAAAUAUGUUGGAAAAAAACACCUCCCUACUGAAGUUUGGGUACCAUUUCACUCAGCAAGGUCCCCGGCUUCGUGCCUCCAACGCUAUGAUGAAUAACAACGACCUAGUGAGGAAGAGAAGACUUGCAGAGUUGAAUGGGCCUAUUUUUCCCAAGUGCAGAACUGGAGUGUAGUGCCUGGCUAUGGAGGUCAUUCCCGGUGAUCUGUGCUGCACUGUGGAAAUCUAAAGGCAAUAAGUGCCUUGACAGAGUAUUUGUGGUGCCUCGGUUCUGUUUUAUGCACUAACAGUUUAAAUUAACUAGUGGCUAUAGUUUUUAUGAAGAUUUUAUCCAGUAGGACUGGUGAUGUUUUCUGUAGAGUUGGAAACUAUUCAAGCCAAUAACAACCUGUCAGUUUUAUGCAAUCUCAGUUUAGAGCACAUCCCAGUGUAAAAGUGACUUUAAUUACCCUGGGACUUAAUUUUAUAUAAACUUCCUGCACGGUGUUUCAUAAAGUUAGGAUGUGGUAUGCAUGAGUGAAAGAUACAAUUGUUUCACACAAAUUAUAGAAGUAUUAAAAAAAUACUUUAUUUUUUUCCAAGUUGAUCUCAAGUAACUAUAGAGGAGCAACUGUUUAACAAGCACUUCUACUGUCUGGAAACAUGGCUAAUUUCAAGAAUUGUGAGCUACCAUUUUUUACCGACAUUUGCUGAAUCAUUUAAUUGGAGAUGCUGCUUCAAAUGCAUCCCCGUGUUUCUUAGUAAAAAACCUGAACUCCACCCCUGGCAUAAAUGGAACUUAAGGCCACCAAUUAUAAAACAGAGUCUCAAAAAUCAAGUGGUUCAGGAUGGGGUCAAUAUCCUUCAAUGCACAUCUGAAGAAAACAGUUACUUUUAGAGAAGUGAUACAAAUUCUAACCCCAAAGAGAUGGCCAAACUAAUCAGCAAAUGAGAGCCUUCUCUUUUAAUUCCCACUCCUUUCAGCUUCUUUAUGUUAAAAGCAUUUGUCCAGAUAUUCGCUGGAAACAAGUCAAAUUCUCUCUUUGCUGUUUUGUCUAGAUGACCAUGACCACUAAUUAAAUUCUGUUCUGCUAGGAAUUGUUUCUUUUUACUGCUGUCCCUUACGUCCACAUAAAUGCAAGAAUAAAUGUUGUGCCCUAGAAAGGCUGUGAAGUGAAAUACCCACAACUCUGAACUUGCACUG